ACAGCUGGCACUCAGGGUGAAGGUGGCAGGAGGACGGACUAUUUCAUAAGAGAAGUGUCUUGGCCGUCCCUCCGCCCCGAGGCUUCAUCACAGCGCGCAGUGAUCUGCUGCCAGCUCCGCCAGACAGGAAGUGAGCAGAAGUGUCCAGUGGAGCAGGCGCCGUGGAGAUUGGGGGGACCUGAGGUGUGUGCACCCUGUAAUGCAGACUGAGCCCCUGCAGCCUGGAGGACGAGACCCCCGACUCUGUGUGUUAUAGAGUCCGAGGCAGAGAAGAGAGCAGCUCAGCCCUGGAUUUGUGUAACAGGGUCCUGAAUGUGUCACACGUGCAGAUUCUUCUCUCUCUAUUUAAUGGCCGCUGGAUGAUCUGGACGGGACGCUCAGCUGAUCGCACUCACUAGGAAGAUGCCGCUUCCUUUUGGGCUGAAGUUAAAGCGGACGAGAAGAUACACGGUGUCCAGUAAAAGCUGCCUGGUGGCCCGCAUCCAGCUGCUCAACAAUGAGUUUGUGGAAUUUACCCUGUCGGUGGAAAGCUCAGGACAGGAGUGCCUGGAGGCCGUGGCCCAGAGGCUGGAGCUCCGAGAGGUGACGUACUUCAGCCUGUGGUAUUACAACAAGCAGAACCAGCAGCGAUGGGUGGACCUGGAGAAACCUCUGAAGAAGCAGCUGGACAAGUACGCCCUGGAGCCCACUGUGUAUUUUGGGGUGGUUUACUAUGUGCCCUCAGUGUCCCAGCUUCAGCAGGAGAUCACCAGAUACCAGUAUUACCUGCAGCUGAAGAAGGACAUUUUGGAGGGAAAGAUCCCCUGUAGCUUGGAGCAGACGAUCCAGCUGGCGGGCCUGGCUGUGCAGGCUGAUUUCGGAGACUACGAUCAGUAUGAAUCUCAGGAUUUCCUGCAACGUUACGCGCUGUUUCCUGUGGGAUGGAUACAGGAUGAGAAGACGCUGGAGGAGGCGACACAGAGCGUAGCCCUGCUGCACCAAAAGCUGCGGGGUCUGUCCCCUCCCGAGGCCGAACUCUUGUACAUGCAGGAAAUUGAGAGGCUGGAAAACUAUGGAGAGGAAACGUACCCGGCCAAGGACAGCCAAGGUGCCGACCUCUUCAUUGGAGCAUGCCUGAAUGGGAUCUUUGUUAGGCACAAAAAUGGCCGGUCGCCUGUUGUUUUCCGGUGGUUGGACAUCACUAACAUGUCACACAACAAAUCAUUCUUCACCCUGGAGCUAGCCAGCAAGGAGGAAACAAUCCAGUUCCAGACUGAAGACAUGGAAACGGCCAAGUACGUGUGGAGGAUGUGCGUCGCCAGGCACAAGUUCUACAGGAUGAACUGCAACCUUGAUUCCUCAGAUCCUCCUCCUCUUCCUCCUGCGGACUCUGCCCAGAAAUUUCCCUCUCUUCUCUCCUUCCAACGCUUUCCAAUUCUUUCCCGUCCGUCUCUUCCUAAAGGGCAAACUCCGGCAGUGAAUCCGGUGCGGCGCCGCUCAUCAACCAGAAUGUCACUGCCAAAGCACCAGCCAUACAUGAUCCCCCCUCCGCAGAUGCAUUACAACGGACACUACAACGAGCCCUACACCUCCUCACAGGACAAUUUGCCGGUGUUUGUGAGCAAUCAGAACGGUUACUACUAUCACUCCCAGACCAGCCUCGACCGCAGCCCCCACGACUACAACGGCAGGAUCCGGAACGGAAGCGUCUACAGCGCUCACAGCACCAACUCGCUCAACACCCAGCAGCACUACAUGCAGCCGUCUCCCAUGUCCUCCAAUCCCAGCAUCACGGGCAGUGACAUCAUGAGGCAGGAGUACAUCCCGUCGCACCGGCACAGCGCCCUCAUCCCGCCCUCUUAUCGUCCCACGCCGGAUUACGAGACCGUCAUGAGACAGCUGAACAGGGGCAUAAUGCACACCGACCGGCAAAGCCAUUCCAUGAGGAACCUCAACAUUGGCAACUCUUACGCUUACAGCCGGCCCGACGCCUUGGUCUACAGCCAGCCGGAAAUUCGAGAGCACGCCCAGUUUGCCUCGCCUCAGUCCCACCAUUAUCCUUUCAACCUGAACUAUAGUUUCCACAGCCAGUCCCCGUAUCCUUACCAGGCUGAGCGUCGCCCGGUGGUGGGAGCGGUCAGCGUCCCUGAGCUGACCAACGUCCAGCUCCAGUCUCAGGACUACACACCCUCCAACAUUAUGAAGACUCAGGUCUAUAGGCCUCCACCUCCAUAUCCCUACCCGCGGCCCGCCAACAGCACCCCGGAUUUGACCCGCCACCAUACAAGCAGCAGCAACCCAGAUCUGAUCACCAGGCGCGUCCACCAUUCUGUCCAGAUGUUUCAGGAGGACAGCUUGCCGGUGGCGCAUUCCCUGCAGGAAGUCAGUGAGCCGCUGACCGCUGCCCGUCGCGCCCAACUUCAGAAGAGGAACAGCAUCGAGAUAGCUGGGAUUACCCAAAGCUUUGAAGGGAUGAGGGUGAAGGAGAGGACGGGGUCUUCAUCCGCCGCCAAUGUGGCAUCUCAACGGAUCAUGCCGACCGACUCGCAAACGAAUGUUUACAUGGAACGCACGAAGGAGGAGCAGGCGGCUGAGCACGAGAGGGGGCGUUACGGACACAAGAAAUCUCUGUCAGAUGCCACCAUGCUCAUCCACAGCAGCGAGGACGACGAAGAGGACAACGACGAAGACCAUGGCGCCGAUGUCUCUCAGACACCGCUCUAUGACCGGUCCCAGCUGAAGCCGGUGAUUGAGACCUACACUGAUGAGUCCGAAACUAACUACCCCUACAGUUCAAUGCCCGUCAACCAUCUCCACAUCUACGAGCACAAGCCGCCCGAAGUCGAGAAGGAGCGGAGAGUGACCGCCGUCAGCCCCGUGCAGUUUGGCGGAGAACACCUGACCGGAAGGAGAAGCAACGGAGCAAUUCCUCCUUCAGUAUCGGAGUCCGAUCUGACGGCAGUUGCUGUGCGGUACCGGACGAAGAAGGAGCCGACGAAGAAGCGACCCGUGUCGGAUGUUCUGUCUGGAAAGAAGGAUAUCGUAGAAGGACUACCACCCUCAGGAGGUAUAAAGAAAGGGAACCGCACAGAAGCGAAAAAGGUGGGACCCCUGAAGCUGGCAGCAUGGAACGGGUUAACUAUGCCCAGGAUGCCCCUGCUGGAUGACGAGCGGGAGGAGCCAACCAGAGCAUCCAAUGAUGAGAGGUGUAAACUCCUGGAGGAGCGGCUAGAGCAGGGCAUGGUCUUCACUGAGUACGAAAAGACCCUGAAGAAACGACUGCCGGACACAGAGUGCACCACGGCGCGCCUUCCGGAGAACGCAGAGCGCAACCGCUUCCAGGACGUGCUGCCAUACGAUGACACCCGCGUGGAACUAGUGCCAACAAAAGAGAACAACACCGGCUACAUCAAUGCUUCUCACAUAAAGGUGACGGUCGGCGGCGUGGAGUGGGAUUACAUCGCCACGCAGGGUCCUAUGCAGAACACUUGCCAAGACUUCUGGCAGAUGGUGUGGGAACAGGGAGUGGCCAUCAUCGCCAUGGUAACGCUGGAAGAGGAGGGCGGCCGUGAGAAGAGUUACCGCUACUGGCCACGACUGGGCUCGAGACAUAACACGGUCACCUAUGGCAGGUUCAAGAUCACCACACGAUUCCGCACAGACUCCGGCUGCUAUGCCACCACGGGCCUCAAGAUAAAACACCUUCUGACCGGUCAGGAGAGGACAGUGUGGCACCUGCAGUACACUGACUGGCCAGAACAUGGACACCCCGAAGAUCUGAAGGGUUUCCUCUCCUACCUAGAAGAGAUCCAGUCAGUCCGCCGGCACACAAACAGCACAAGUGACCCCAACAGUUCAAACCCCCCUGUGCUCGUUCACUGCAGCGCGGGCGUUGGCCGGACAGGGGUGGUCAUUCUGUCAGAGAUCAUGAUCGCUUGCCUGGAACACAAUGAGAUGCUGGACAUCCCUCUAGUUCUGGACAUGCUGCGGCACCAGCGGAUGAUGGUGGUGCAGACGAUCGCUCAGUACACAUUCGUAUACAAAGUCCUGAUCCAGUUCCUGAAGAACUCUCGCCUAAUCUGACCCUUCAGGGAAUCGGGUGGUGCGACUGGAGACUUGGCCACUGUCACGUUACAGUAGAUAAGUCGCUGGGCGAUCUCCUACUGGCCGGCCGUGGCCUCUCGUGACUGCAGUGAACCACUGAAGUUUUAAGGAGCUCAGUGAGGGUCUCCAUCACACACUAGUGCCGAAACGAAGAACCAUUCAAGUGCCAGGAAGAGCUUCAACCACUCGGGGGCGCUCUAGCCUGGACUCCGCACAUGCAGCAGUAUUACUCUCUACAACGCUGAUUUUACUGGUUGAAAUCAAACCUGACGUUUGUGAUGUUUAAAGCACUUUUUUUUUAUUAUUUUAUUUAUGAAGUUGCUUAUUAACCCCCUUCCCCCUCCCCCCACCUUUUCCUUCAGUUUCCUAACCUAUUGCCCACAAUUAGGUCUACGCUACCCGGUCAGCGCAGGGAUUGAGAUUGCCUACGGAUCAGUUCGCUUCCUGCUGUAGGAGACUGUGCAGGGGUGAUCUCAAUAAUGGGGCUGCACUGCCAGGCAGCAGAGUCCUCCCUAUUCCCUUUGGGGCUUGUGUGAUGUAUGCCGGCGCUUUCAGUUUUUACAUACAGGAAGCGGCUGCAGUUUUUGCGCCUACCUUUUGGAUUUUAGAACCAGAUAAGUAGCUGAAAUGCGUGAGCCUUGCUUUUUUUUUUUUUGUACAGGUGCCCUUGAAGUGAUUUGUAUAUUUUUAGGCUACUUUUUAUGGAGAGAAUUGACAUUUGUUUUAUAUUGUGAUAUUUCUUUUUUUUUGUAAUGGCAAUUUCAGUAGGUUUGAUGACCCAAAACAUGUUGAUCUCAUAGGAAAGGGGGACCCUGAAAUGUUGUGGUAUGGUGGAUGUGAUUGAGGUGUUAGAGAUGUUGAAGAUAAAAGCUGCAUGGUAAGAGGUGGAGAAAGGAAUGGAUCAGCUUGUAAUGUGAGUAGAGUAAGGCUACGUCUUAAACAUUUCAUCGGUUACAU